UUGUUUUGUUUAUUGGUUACAACUCACAAGCCCAACAACCAUUCAAGUCAGCGGGGUUUGGAGAGAAAGAAACGCAUCUUCCUCCUCCUUCUCAUUCUCUAUCUUGAAGGAAAGCAACGAACGAACAAUCAGCGUAAUAGAGAUGAUGAUGAUGAUGGCUUCCAGAACCCACCGCCCUGCAAAAGCAGCAGGCAUGUCUCUCUUUGUUGUUCUUCUAGUCUUGAGCUCUUGCUGGAUCUCUAAUGCAAGGGAACUGACAACUAGUACCCAUCUUUCUGGUGAAGAAAAUGAGAUUGUUAAGUCAGAAAAGACAUCUGAAACUGGAAAGGUUGAUUUAUGCACGUUGUGUGAACAAUUCAGUGCUGAGGCAGUUAUAUACCUUUCAGAAAACAAGACACAGACUCAGAUCAUAGAAAUCCUUCACAAAUCCUGCUCUCGCCUAGUUAACCUUAAGCAGCAGUGCGUAACUUUGGUGGACUAUUAUGCUCCAUUCUUCUUCUUGGAGAUAGAAACGAUACAACCCGAUACCUUCUGCCAGAAGGUCAAUCUUUGUAAUGCUGUAUCUGAGGAUAAGUGUGAAGUAUGCCACCAUGUAAUUGAUGAAGCUCUAACUAAAUUAAAAGAUCCAGACACCCAGUUGGAGGUUAUUGAACUGCUUCUCAAGGCAUGUAAUGCUGUCAAGGGCCGUGCCAAAAAGUGUAAAAGAAUGGUUUUAGAGUAUGGACCACUCGUCUUUGCCAAUGCCAACCAUUUUCUUGAGGAAGCAGAUAUUUGCACUUUGAUGCAUGCUUGCCCUUCUUCGUUCGUCGUGAUCAAGCAACAGCCACCAUUGUUGUCGGAGAAUGCAUCCCUUACAAGUUCCUCAAUAUGAUGAACGAAUCAAAGAAUACUCACUUUUUACCAUCUCUGUAAUAUCAAAUGGGAAUGUCUAUCUAUUUUCAUGUGAAAAUUUCUCCCCAAAAGGGUUUAUUUGUAAAGUAUGUAAAAAAUUAUUUCCAUUGAUACGAUACAAUGCCCUAAACUAACUGUGUAUGUGC